CUCAGGCGCCGGGCGAGUAGCGCGGCUCCGUCAGAGUCAGGGCCGGCAGAGAGCUUGAGACGGGAGCGGCCCGGCUCCCUCGGCGGCUCUGUCUCGGCCGCCCGCCCGCGCGGCGAGGGCCUCCGGAAGAGGCGGCCGCCUGCUCAGUGCUCUUGCCUUCUUUUCUUCCCCUACAAGACAGACGUGCUGCAUUUACUUUCUACUCCUUUCCUCCUUGAUGUCCUUUGUUGAAAUUGUUUUUUCCGUGGUUUGGCUUGGAUAUUGGAGGAACCCUGGUCAAGCUGGUUUAUUUUGAACCUAAAGACAUCACUGCUGAAGAAGAAAAGGAGGAAGUGGAGAGUCUGAAAAGCAUUCGGAAGUACCUGACCUCCAAUGUGGCUUAUGGGUCGACAGGAAUUCGGGACGUGCACCUUGAGCUGAAGGACCUGACUCUGUGUGGACGCAAAGUCUUGGAGGAGGAACUUUCUUUGGUCUCUGCUGUCUUCUUACCGGCUGUAGUACUUUUGAAGAAGCUCUUGAGAUGGCGUCUCGUGGAGAUAGCACCAAAGUGGACAAAUUAGUUCGAGACAUUUAUGGAGGAGACUAUGAGAGAUUUGGAUUGCCAGGCUGGGCUGUGGCUUCAAGUUUUGGAAACAUGAUGAGCAAGGAGAAGAGAGAGGCUGCUAGCAAGGAAGACCUUGCCAGAGCAACUUUGAUCACCAUCACCAACAACAUUGGCUCCAUAGCAAGAAUGUGUGCUCUUAAUGAAAACAUUAACCAGGUUGUAUUUGUCGGCAAUUUCCUGAGAGUCAACACAAUCGCCAUGCGGCUUCUGGCGUAUGCUCUGGAUUACUGGUCCAAGGGGCAGCUCAAAGCACUGUUUUCAGAGCACGAGGGUUAUUUUGGAGCUGUUGGCGCACUCCUUGAGCUGUUGAAGAUACCCUGACUUACCCAGAGGACUUCCUGACAUCUGUGGAUAUAUAUAUAUUUUUUAAGAGACUCAAGUUUUAUGAUCGUGUACUAUUCAAAUCAGAGCAAGAAACAAAUGUAUUUUUCUAAGACAUCAAGAUAAAUUCUUAAAGUUUUGUCUAACUUAGCAUUCAGUAAGGAUAUCAUCCCCCCCCCACACACACACACAAUUCACACCCCCACCCCCACCUCAUCUAGGCAGUGUGGAGAUUUGCUGUUUAUAAGGUGUUCUUCAGGGUAGCAUAAAUCCCUGAGGUACUUUGGAAUCCCAGCAUCACCCACUGGAUAUGCGUGGAGCUGUGUGGACCCCCACCAGCAGCUGACUGCUUGUGCUGUUGAAGUGUGUGAGAGUCUAUCAGUCUCAUCAGUAUGCCUUUGGAGGUUGCCUUCCUUUUCGGGUUGGGCCAUGUUUACCUGUGUUCACACACUUGAAUUGAAAUUGGUUAUUUCAAGCUUCUGCAAACUUGGUGGAUUUGUUCUGCAUCUGAUGUUAAGAGCUGGCCUGCAUUGUAGCUGAAGGCAAGGUUGUGCCUGUCCACAGACGCAUGGGGCAGGACCGGAAACCUCAGUCUCUGGCUGGAGAUGCCUCUGCCAUUCAUUCAGCUGUGGAUUCUGGUACCAGGUUUGGGGCAAUGGAAGGUUCUUGUUGGUUUGGACCAUGGGAACUCAGGGUCGCAUUUGGCUGGCUAGUCUGCUUGAUGCUUCCCAGUUCCCACAGGGAUGCCGUUACCUUUUAUUACAGGCUUUGGCCCACUAGGACUAAGGGUCCUAUUAGGCUAGGGUCUGACACAGCACAUCACACAGGAUGUUGCAGGGAUGGUUAGUCCUUCCCCCUCCCCUUCUCCCUGCUUUGCCUCCUGAGAGCCUCAAAAUUGUAUCUUUACCUGCCACUUACACCAGAAAGUUUCUCCAUCCGUGGCAGGGCUGUGCUCCUCCUGACCAUCUCUGUGAACUUAUCUCUGGUCUGGAGACUGGCUUGCUAAGCCCCUGAGGUGUUGUGUACACCUUGGCUAUUUCACAGUUGUGACCAGUGCUUUGUAUGUGUGGUUCUGUCUUCCUCCAUUGUUAAAGCUCCCACAGUGUUAAAAGAGCGAGCCUCAGGAUCACAGUGGGUGUAUGGGACUGUUCUGCACCUACCCCAUCACUUUCUUCUUUCAGCCCAGUGUCAUUCUGGGGAUGGGUUCUUUUUUUUAAAGAGUAUCUCUGGUGGUGAAGGCUAAUCUCAAACUUGACAAUAACACUGUACAGCCGAGGCUGGCCUUUCAACUGCUGAUCCAGUUGCCUUCACCUUUGGAGUGCUGGGAUUGGAUGAUAGGUGUGCCCUCCCUACAUACAAAGGGUUGUUCAGGGCUUCAUUUUAUACCUAGGUCUCACCUGCUUUUCCUGCUUCCUUGGCUGCAGUCUCACUCAGACUUCCACUCCAAGCUCAACUGAGUCUCUCCAAGCUGUCCUCAUGUUGGUUCCAGCACUAUUUGCAGAAAAAUAGACAUUGCACCUCACAGCCACUUCUGAACUGGGAGCCGCUUCCAGUGGUUGUUGGAACCAUCUUGUCUUUUCUCAGCUGUCCAAUCCACUUCACUACCCCCACUCAGGAAGGUUUGUGGCUCUGGAGCACAGAGUAGCUUGAGGGUAUCUAGUUUGGUUUGAGAAUGCCUGGUUUUGAGAAGCCCCAAAGCAUGGAGUUAUUUGGGUAAGAGACAAAGCAGAAGAUGUAUUUGUGGGAGGAGUUAGUGGACCCCAGAGCAUAAGGAAACAGAUGGGAAGUUAAGGAGCAUGUUGCAAGGAAAACCACCUGGGGUACAGGGGUCUGGGGGUCCCAGAGCAAAGUGUUAGAAAUGGGUUACAAGGUUGCCCAGAGGUAGCUCCAGGGUUAUGUGUGCCUUGGUGGAACCAUGGGCUGAAGCUGAGUAGCUCAGAGCUGCUCACCGCCUGGAGGUAGGGCAGAUUCGGGGGUGGGGUGGGGUGGGGGUGCAGACUGUCAAACGGCAAAGCUGUAUACAUAAGUCAUCCCAAAUGCUGUGGUCACAGAUGGAAUACAUGCUGUGGUCACAGAUGGAAUACAUGCUGUGGUCACAGAUGGAAUACAUGCUGUGGUCACAGAUGGAAUACAUGCUGUGGUCACAGAUGGAAUACAUGCUGUGGUCACAGAUGGAAUACAUGCUGUGGUCACAGAUGGAAUACAUGCUGUGGUCACAGAUGGAAUACAUGCUGUGGUCACAGAUGGAAUACAUGCUGUGGUCACAGAUGGAAUACAUGCUGUGGUCACAGAUGGAAUACAUGCUGUGGUCACAGAUGGAAUACAUGCUGUGGUCACAGAUGGAAUACAUGCUGUGGUCACAGAUGGAAUACAUGCUGUGGUCACAGAUGGAAUACAUGCUGUGGUCACAGAUGGAAUACAUGCUGUGGUCACAGAUGGAAUACAUGCUGUGGUCACAGAUGGAAUACAUGCUGUGGUCACAGAUGGAAUACAUGCUGUGGUCACAGAUGGAAUACAUGCUGUGGUCUGGCAGCUUCCUGUCUCAGAGGCGCGGUGCCUUCCCCCACACUGUGGGAGGACAUAUCAGGCACACUAGUACACAAGUUGACAGGUACAUAAUACAAAGUAUUUCAAAAUCUGCUCUUUAUUUACACGUUUGGGUCGAUUACAUGCAUGUUUUACUUUUAAACAAGUGAUUAGCAAAAAAUGCAUUAAAGUUUUAAAAUAGCAAUUAAAUAUACAAAAAUAUAGCUUACAAAAACCAAUGUUUAAAAAUAUUCUGCUGCAGAAUUCUUAGUGUACAAACACGUCUAUGAAACCUGGGGCUCAGCAUUUCAUAAACCUUUGUUGAGGGAGUUAUAUCUAGUAAACAAGCCCCAUAGGGCCAAACUACAAGACUAAGUGCCACUCCUCCACUUUCCUGGACAUGACUUGUCUGCAGACCUAGAGCCUGGCAGGAGAGGCAUGGACGGCGCUGAGGUCUCAACCACAUAAGUCGUGUAACACUGGUGAGAGGUCAUGAGCUGAGUUCCAUGGCAUAUGAAACAGCAGGGGUAGCUUCCCUGACCCUGUCAUCAAAGGAGCUAAGGGCUUGGGAUGCUUGCUGAUCUAACUGGAAUAAUAAAAGCAUCUUGAAACAACUUAGGUUCGAAAGCUGAACCUGUAAGUGACAGGUGUUCAACUUUGUGAACCCAGUCCUGUUAAUCUGAAAAACCUUUACCUGGCAUUUUAGGUCCUCACCUUUGUGCAAGAGUAAGUUAAAUACUUUGACGGUUCCAUUUUAAGCAGUUUUUUUUUAAAAAAAAAAUAAAGAUUUAUUUUUAUGUGUA